GGCAAGAAUUAAAAGCUGAUUUAGAUGUAAAUUUAUGAUUUAGAAGGCUUUUCCAUGUUCAGGGCUGUGAAAAUAAUUUUUAAGCAAUAACAGCCUUUCAUUAUGAGCACAACACAUAGUCUCAGGUCAUUUGCUUUUGUUUUUAUUUAUUUUUCGUAUAUGCCUUCUUUACACCUAAGAAUUGUGAAUCUCAGAUGGCAAACUGGAAGGGACAGAGUUUCAUAUUAUUUUGAUAUGUUGUCUUGAAUCAUCAGUUUCCUCUUUUGUUUGAAAGCUGCCCUGAAAUUGCCCAGUGGUCCUUCUGUGAACAAAAUAUUUACCCCAAUUUCAUGUAAACCAAGCAGCAGAACUUUAAUCAGGACAUCAAAAAGAGAUUCACUGUUUUCAUAUCAUUGUGCAUGUUUGGAAAUAGUUGGUCAUUCAGGAAACCUAAUACAGAUAUAAUAAGCACUAGUUUAUAAGUUCAUAAAAUAUAAUAAUACAUUUGAGUUUCCUCUUUAAAUACUAGUUUGAUAAACUCAAAUUGGUAAUUAUUUACUGUAUACUGUACAUAAGUAUUUUGCAUUUGAAAUAUUGGGAUUUCAAUUUUUUAGUUCUAGUUAUUUCUAUUCAUAUAUGAUUUAAUAAUUUAGAGAACAGACAAGACAGAAAAAGAGUCAGAACCGGAGGAUCGAGAAAAUCAUAGCGUGAAAACGAAAAUGAGAAAUCAUCAGAGUCUUUGAACAUAGCGAAAGUCAGAAAACCAGAGAUCAGAAAAAAUAUAUUCUAUAUAAAGGCACAAAGUAAGGUUUUAUUAUCUGCAGCUUGGAUGAGAACAUGGUGAAUUAAGUGACCUUAUAACUCCCAUGGAUCAUGACUACAAAUUCUUCUGAUGCACCAUCUGUUGGAAUGGAAAAUGUGAUGCAUACUGUAUGCCAUUUGGUAUCAUAUUCAUAAAGUCAGAGAUGAUAUUUGUGAUGUACCAUCUGUUGGAAUGAGAGAGACAUACAGAUAUACAGACACAAAGACACUUGUCAUUUUGUUAAGGUGGACUGUGGAUUGUACUAAAGUGUAGUCAUAAGGCAGAGCAUAGGACUGAUUGUAGUUUAAUAGUGUAUUUCCUUUUACUGUGAAUUUUUAAAUACACUUUCAUCAUUCAAUCUGCUCUCACGUAUAGCAUGCAAAUGCACUGCAAAAAAGUAAACUAAUUUAAAACAAAAUGUGGUUUUGACUCUUUCCAGUAAGAGUGAAAUGAAGUUAAAAAAGACGGUCUAGUCAUUUUCUUGCUUUUGAACUAACAAUCGUUCCACCAUCCGCUUGCAUGUAUUGCUUUUUUCCUAAUUUCCUUCAUUGUUGUGCUGUGCAAACUUAUUAUUUAUUCCCAUUUUUUGUCAUUACUAACCAUUUUGUCUUGUUAACCUUCCUCGUCUUCACCUUGUUCAUGAUUAUGUGUUCUCCUGCUGUAUCCCUCAUCUUCUACACCUUAGACCAUGGGCGUCCUAGAAAUCCAGAAUAUACACAUCAAGAAUACCAGAGCAGUCGGCAGCACAGACACCGUAAAUGUGACAAAGAGUCUGACUCUAGAGAAUCGCAGUCUUUUUUCUACAACAGCUCACAUGAUCAAAGAUGGACAUCUGUUCCAUCUGCCUCAUCUCAAAAGUCUGAUUAUGUCAGAGAUGACACACAUGGAGAACUGCAGAGUGAAAGAGUGGUGCGGAGAAAGGAGAGACCACAAAGACCUCCACCUCCAAAACAUGAUGGUGAAUACAGAAAGAGGGGGACUCAUGGAGACCCAUGUUCAACUGGGAACCAUCACUGGUCUGCAGAGGAGGACAAUAUAAGAGAGCUGAGGCAUGAUCAGCAGAAGCUGCCUGAGUGGCAGGAAGAGGUGGUUGAAAAUGAGUGCUUGCACCACACCAAAAAGGAAAAAAAAGUAGAAUCCUUGGAUCUAGUUGAGGAGAAACUAAAGGGAAAAUUGCACUCUCAAGGCACAGGAAGGAAAUCCCAUGGGGAUUACAGUACACAAGACAUGUUGGAAUGUGUGGCACGGCUUGACCUGCAAGAACGAAGCCUGACUGACCUGGAAGUAGCACGUAGGAUGCAGGAAGAGGAACUCCAGGCUAGUGAAAUGGACAGGAGAGCUGCACAGGUUGCUCAAGAUGAGGAAAUUGCUAGGCUGUUAAUGGAAGAGGAGAAAAAAUCAUUCAAAAGAUCUAAAGAACGGGAAAGGGGCUCCAUGGAGAAAAGGAGGCAAGACCCACACUGGAAGCCAGGGCCAGAAGAUGUGGUACGGCCACGAACACACAACACACACGAAGCACACCUAUCUCGUAAUGAUAGGCCAAUCAGACCACCUCAACCUGUGAACAGCUAUGAGAAUGUAAGCAGUGAUUAUGACUACCCCAGAUCACCCUGCUCAUCACGGCCUAUCUCUCGUUCUGAAGCACCAUACAAAGGUUCCUAUUACAGAGAGUGACUGUUUGUUCCUUUUGCCUUCUUGCUACUUCCAAUUUUAGGAUGUUUUUCAGCUUAAAAAAACCUGAUGUUUCUCUCGGGAUCCACAUUAAAAUGAAAACGAAAAACACUUAGGAUUGCAACAUGCAUUCCAAGCCCAUUUUUUCUGCAUUUGGGAACUGCCAUGAAAGAACAAAAUUGAACCAACUGACCAAGUGCUUAAAGCUGGUUAUUCUGCCUAAAGAGGCAGGUGAACCUUCAAUUUCAUCACAAAAGCUGAAAAGAAAGCCAUCCUCUAACUAGUUACAAAACAGUUUCCAAGCUUUCCAUGAAGAACUCGACAAAAUCAUAUGUAGCUUUUUAUAUGUGUUUUUAUUAUUUGAAUUUUUAAAUUUUUCUUUGUUUUCGUUAAUAUAUGAUAUCCAGGUAGUGAGUUCAGCCAAAAAUGCUGGUCUUCCAUUCUUUGCAGUUGCAAAUUCUUGCACUUUUUCUGUAGCUGCAUUGUAAUGAAAAAAACUGGGCUGGCUUCCAGUUGUGCAUGGAGUGGUCAUUUUUUAGCAGUGCACGUGUCCAGAGAAGGUCAGCAUUGCAAACUGUCUGGCUGAUCCUUUGUGACUGGAUCUUGCAGCAUUCCAUACCAUUAGACCAUUUGCUGGCCUUGAGGCAGCUUUUCUCACUUAAUGGUUAACUUUAGUUAAUUUUGAGCAAUUUUGACAAACUUUGGACUUAGACACAGUUAUGUUAACAGUUCUGACUGUCUUGAAGGAAGUAUUAGCUAAGGCCAUUAAUGUGAUGUCCUGAUGCUUUAAUGAGUCUGCCUGUUUGGCUUCAUAUCAAUGUUUUGCUUUAUUACUAUUCCUAUAAUAAAAUAAGGAAAAUUUAUUUUAGUUCUAGCAACAGUUUUACAAGUGUACUUAUUGAUGUUCCCAUUUUAUACUUGAAAAACCAGAAUUCUGUAAGAGCAUGUUAUGAAACCCGUGAUAUUCUGCUUGUCUUUGUAUUAUUUUGUUCUCUUUUAAAUCUGUGUAACUCUGGCAGUCCUUUGACACACCUUAAUGAGUACAUCAGCUCUGUCUCUCACAAGACUACUGUAUCUGAUAUGUUAGAGAUGGUUAGAAUAUGUGCUUUAGUUAUCUUUCAGGGUAUUUGUAUUCCUGCAUGGCUUCAUCCUUCUGAAUCCAUAUUGCUUGCCCAAUAAACUAAAGAUCAGCCGUUAAUAUGCAAGUGGAUAAGGACUUGCCUUUCCCUCUCCUUCCACUUUACUAGCUUCUCAGUAAAUGAAUGAGGGCAUCUUUACUUGAAUGCUCUUUGGGCCUGGCUAUGCAUUUCAGUGGCCUCUGACUGACAUUGUAGCUCAAACUUGGUUGCUUCUCACAGGAAUAAUAGAUUUAUGCCUGUGUACAUAUUGUGCCAGCAAAUCAAGUUCCAUACUGUUAUUGUGCGUGAAACUGUACAGUAGCUUAGUGUUACUGAGUUACCACAAAACAGGUUAAGCUAAAAAGCAGUGAGAGUAGGGUGUACAUGGUGAAAACAAUAUUGGUAUAAGUAGCAGAAAAUAAUUUACUGUAUAAAGUAGCACUGUCUUCAAAGCUCACUGUGUCUCUAUGUAUUGAAUUUACAGAACAAGCAGUGAAAGCAAAAGUCUGAGCCAUAGAAUCGUGAGCAAAAUCUUGCUAUUGUUUUUUGUCUUAGCUUUUUGUUGUUAAUCUUUUAGGUUUUAACUGUAAUGAGUUCUUUGUAUUUCAUUUUAUUGAACUUAAGAUCAUGGGCACACCUUUCUUUAAAAUAUGCCUAUUGAGAUGGCUGCUUUCUGUAGUGUAUGUUUCUGCCAUUAUGAUUCUUCUUCUUCUAUUUUUUUAUUUUAAAUUUGCACUAGACUGUUGUCUCUUUACUUUUUAACCUCUUUCCAAAGCUUUUUACAAAGCAUUUUAACAUUGUUCUGUAUAAAACCUAAAUAUUCUUUUUGAAUUUAUUUUUUGACAAUAAACUUAGACUCGCAUUAUGAGAAAUUAAAUUAUAAAAGAGACUGUACUGAAAUGUUAUGCAUAGUAAAACAUUUUAAUUGCCUUUUUGUCUCUUAAAUAAAUAGAUUCAGUAUAUUCUUUAAGCUAAGCCCUCUCUUCAGUGCUGCUUUCCAUGUACACUCUUAUACAAGAGCAAGAAGUUUUACAAUGCUUUCCUGUCCACCUAACUAUUUAUUUAAAGACAGGGAGCUUCUGUCAACUGUACAAAAAUUUUCUGCAGUAUAAUGUUACAGGAUAUUUGAUCAAUAAAUAGAAAAAAUUUUAAAAA